UUUACUUUCGAACGUUUCGUGCGCCAUUACAGAAAAAUUCCUGUCUCCGACCAGUUGACUUCUCCCGAGCGGAAGUCAACAUUUUCAAAAUUAUCCGUGAGGACAUCGAAGGAAAACACUAAACUUCUCAGACAUGGCUUGCAGACCGUGCUGCCCUCCAGCCUGUGGGCCGUGCUGCCCGCCAGCAUGUGGGCCGUGCUGCCCGCCGCCAUGUGGGCCGUGCUGCCCGCCGCCAUGUGGGCCCUGCAGCCCUUGCGGGCCCUGCCCUCCGCCCUGCAACCCCUGCUGCCCGCCCUGCGGCACCUGGGGCCCGCUGCUGACCGCCUCCACGCGCGACAUCAUGGUGUCCAUCUGCAAGCCCUACUACGGCAACAGCUGCUGCUAGUCCUGGAUGUCAUCUUGGCAGAGAUCCCAACAUCUCGACAACAUCUCAACAACAUCUACACCGAGAAUCUUUUGGAGUUGUUGACCGGUGUGCACAUUGAUUAGUUUUCCAGCUGUUUGCCUGAUAAUUUUGAGACUGAUUUUAAGCCAUAAAGCUGUAUUUUUUCUUUUUGUUUGUCUUCAUCACUGGAGAUGAAAUUAAUAAAGUGAAUGACUUAUACCUAAAGUGGA